ACCUACCUAUAUAGUAUUUGUGUACAAUGUUGGUACAAUGUAUGACAAUUAUUGACAAUUGACAAUUGACAAUUGAAUUCAAUUGAUUUACUAAUAUAAAUGUAAUUAUUAAAGUUAUUUAGUACGUACGUACCUAUGUACAUAUUUAUACCUCGAAUAAAAGCCAGUGCUUUUAAUAAAGCAAACAAACCUUGUUAAAAAAACAACAAAAUAAUAAAUUAAGUUAAAAACAUGGCAAUGUUAUCGUUAUAGUUUAUUGUUAUUAUGAAAAAAUAUAAGAAAAUCAAAGUCUGAUGCGCUACAUUAUAAUGUCUCGUCGUACGAUAUUCUUGUUCGCGGCGGCUGUCGUCAUGCUGUAUUUUUCAAUAAUCUUGUUUAUGUUGAGUCCUCUACACGGUACGAAAAGUGCCUAUUACGGCAACAACUAUAUGAAUCAUUUCGGCUUUCGACAAAUACCCAGCGUUAACUGGUGUCAUGAGUUGCGUUGGCAGUCGCCGCCUUCACCGCACGUUGUUGCCCUGGCCUCCUACCCUGGAAGCGGCAAUACAUGGUUCAGAUAUCUUCUACAGCAGGCCACAGUGAUUAUUUUAGGUAUAGUCACGGGCUCUGUGUACAUGGAUUAUGGACUUCGAGUCCAUGGGUUCCCAGCUGAGAAUGUGACAGAUGGUUCAGUGCUGGUAGUUAAAACUCAUGAAGCUCCACCUGCUCAUUCUGACAAGUUUAAAUCUGCAAUAUUACUGAUAAGAAACCCAAGAGAUGCGAUAUUGGCGGAUUUUAACAGACUUCACAAGGGUCACAUCGGCACUGCUCCUAAGUCGGCAUUCAAACGAAUAUCGCACGACAAAAAAACCGAGUGGUGGUGGCACGUGCGCCGCGAGGUGGUGUCGUGGGAGGCGCUGCACAGGGCCUGGCUGGCGGGGUUCCGCGGCGCGCUGCUGGUGCUGCGCUACGAGCAGCUGGCGGAGGACCCCGGGCCGCCGCUGCAGGCCGCGCUGGCCUUCCUCAACCGCACCGUCCCGCAGGAAAGCUUGGAGUGCGCGCUGGCGAACAAGGAGGGCAUUUACCGACGCCGAAACAAGCAUCAGAACUUCGAUCCCUUCACUCCGCAGAUGUACGAGCUGCUGGACGCGGCGCAGGCCAGGGUCGCGGGGCUGGUGGCGCGCCGCACGCGUGACGUCACCACGCGCCCACCCACCCGGGCUUAACGCCCCGCCACCCCCGGCGACCCCCCGCCACCCCCCGCACUACGGCACUCGCGGUGUAAGAGUAAUCAGGUUGUGUCGUCCCAAGGAAAAAUAUCAUUAGUACAAAAAAAGAAUUUUCUAAUUAUCACUUUAGGAUUCGUUAAUGACUAGAUUUUUAUAUGACGUUUUUAGAAAUAGCCUGCAUUUGUAGUACUUUCAACUUAAAACCCCGUACUUAAGAUUUUGUAUUGCCAACUGAAAGAAAUCUGGGAUUGCCAAUGUAAAGAAAUCUUUUGACGACUUAAUGUCGAUCUCUUUUGGAUCUGAAGUACUUAAUUCGUUCUUAACUUUGUUGUAGUGUGCUGUAAGUUUAAUUGCCACAACCGAUCAAUGGCCUAAAUAAUAUAAAAAAUACAAAUGAGUUUAGAUGAAUUGUUUAUUUAGUAAAUACAAAUAUCCAAUGGCGACACUUCAUCAAACAUCAUCCCUGUCUUGUUGUAUUUAAGUUUAGUGUAUUUUAAUGUAAUAAUUAAUAUAUUUUAUUUAGCAAGCAUUCCGAAGAGAAACAGUAUUAUUAAAACAUAUAUCGAGAGGUGAAAGGCUAUUAAGGUUUAAUAGGUUUAAGCAACAUUACAGGACAAUAUGUUUUUUUCUUUAUUGAUGCACCUAACAAAUAACAACCAUAGAAAUUAUAAGUUUCAAUAUUUAAUAUAACAAUCUGGAUUGCAAUUCAAAACAGGUGCUCACAGAAAAAAUAUAAUAACUGAACAGAUGCCUAAAUACCUUGUGUAUAUAUAAUAAUAUACAUGUUUAUACAUACACACAUAUACUAACACAAACACACACAACCGCACGCACACACACUCACACACAUAGUUACUAUCUAAUCAAAUUAAUUCUAAUGUAUCAUUAACUGGACAAUAUUAAUUAUUUGAGAAUAUGUUUAACAUUAUUUAUUAUUUAUUUUAACAUUUAAAGUUUAAAAUUUAAAAGAGAAAAAAUAUCAUAACAAUAAGACUUCCUCAACUAUUUCAAUAGAGUAAACUUAAUUGGAGUUCAAUUAAAAACAUCGAACUGUUGAUGCUAAUAUUAUAGAAAACGGUGUGGAUUACAAAAUAUAGUGAAAUGUCUUUUAAACGAAAAUACCCAUUCACUUCUCAAUAUAUACUAUAUAAUAAUAUCAUUUUGUUUAUUAAAUAAAAAUAUAUGUACCAUUUACAUUAAGCGCCAUACAGAAUUUCUAUUGUAAAUUUUCUUUUUAUACAUUCUGUUAUUAUUGUGCUGUAACUAAAUGCAUUUUUAUUUGUUUAGCUGUAAGUAGGGAAAUGUGUUUUUGUUUUUGAUGUCUAAAUUGUUGAUUGUUAGAGACUUUUGUUAUUAGAUGUUUAUAAAAUAAAUAAUAAAUAUUCAAUGAAUCAUCGAAAUAAAACCCUAAAGUUCAAAUAAUGGCCUACUUAGAUGAAAAAAGCAUUAAAAGCGUAUUUAAUAUAAAACAUGUGUAGUUCGUUAGAAUUGAAGAGUGCGGAGUCUUUAUCAAAUAAAACGUGGUAAUGGAGAUUGUAAUAAAGUGUAGUAUGCGCGUGUAUUGAAGAAAUAUUUUAAAUUUACUUUUAAAAAAUCUAAUUUUACUGGUGGUAGGACCUCUUGUGAGUCCGCACGGGUAGGUACCACCGCCCUGCCUGUUUCUGCCGUGAAGCAGUAAUGCGUUUCGGUUUGAAGGGUGGGGUAGCCGUUGUAACUAUACUGAGACCAUAGAACUUAUAUCUCAAGGUGGGUGGCGCAUUUACGUUGUAGUUGUCUAUGGGCUCCAGUAACCACUUAACACCAGGUGGGCCGUGAGCUCGUGCACCCAUCUAAGCAAUAAAAAUAGAUAAUGUUAAGUUUAAAGAUAGGAGAUAAGACAUGUUCAAAUUUGUCGUUGGAGGUUGAGAGUAUGACGUUGAUGGGCGAAGCUAGUGUUUUAAUAGUAUUUGUGUGAAGCCUGUGAACAUUGUUCCGUCUACCAUUAAAAAAAAACUGGUGCGCGUGUACUUGAUAGAAGUGAAACUUCAACGUACCUCGACAAAUAACAUUAGCUCAGAAAGAAGUUGUUAAGGGUCCGUUCACAAAGACCGGCUCGGAGAGGAGAGCAAUUUGAGGAAUUUUAUGACGUUGGAAACAGAGUUUUGAGUAAUUGCAUUAAAGUUUAUUUUUGAAUGUGCACUUUUUUGUCAUUAAGAAUGCUCGAACGCGCUGCGUGUUAAAUAAUAAGAGAUGCCGACCGACUCCGACUGCGCGCUCUUUGAAUAAUUGGUGGUCAAUUCCAAACGUACACGAUCCGGUAUGUGUGAAAAAAGCGGGACGAUGAUAUCUGAGCCGGCCUGUGUGAACGGACCCUAAUGAUCUUGCAAUGUAGUAGUUUAUAUGAAAACCAAUAGAUGUCGCUUAUCUAUAUAACGACCUAGCUUGCUUUGCCUUUCCUCUGUCUACAAUCGAGUGGUUCGCGACGUCUCGCGAAAGAAAAGGAGAAAAUAGACUGUUUUCUCACUCUCGCUCACCCUAAAUUGUAUCUUUUCUCUGUAGCCGUAACGAAUCAGUCGCGAGUUAAAUUUUACUCUCAAUGCGCCUAAAGAAGUUUCACUUCAAUAAAAUAUCUUAUAUCUACCGUAUUCCCAACCAGGUUUUGUUGUUUUAAUCAUACAUAAUUGUUUAUUAUUAAAGCUAUAGCCGUACCUAGAACCAUAUUCUUAACUCGUAGACUAGAGAUUCAUAGUCAUAUUCUUUAGAUCGAAAUGUAAUAAAUAUUAAAUUUCAACAAAAUUACAAUUAUUUAGCAGUGGAAUUGCCGGGUGAAACCAGUCUGGAAACAUCCCCGACCCCCAACCCUCCUCCCCCCGCGCUGUGUUCACGGAAACCUUGAAGCUACUAUCACGCCCUACGAUGUUACCUACUAUAGAUUUUGUGAAAGUUUUACACCUAGUGUAAAUAUUUGUUUGUAAUAUAUGUGCUUCAGGAGACUAAACCGAAUAAUUAUAUUUCUUUGAAUAAUGAAUGAAGUUUUAUUUUAUUACUUGCGGUUUGAAAACUGAAACUAAGUUUUGAGAUUCGUGCUUCUGCAUAAAGAACUGGCAUUAUUUAAGUGUCUCUAACAGUGGAAUUCUGGAAUCGAGGGGAAUUCAUAUCGUAUUUAUUUUAUUUAAAAACCUCAGGGCUCUUAUUAUGAUAUUGUCAUACGCAAUUAAGAACUUAGUAUUUAUAAUCGUUUUUUUGGUAUAAGUAAACGAAACUUUCCGUGAUUUUAAAUAGUCGAGGUUGUGUGCUCUAUUACAAAAGACCUCUCAUAAAUAAAUUAUCGACAUCUGCAUAAUUCGAACUUAACCAAGCAACGUUAUUUAACUGUAUCUGUGUAAAGAGUUGAUGUCCUGACGGCUGUUACUUGAAGUUGGUUAGCUACUGCAUGAUGCCCUCCACGCUGAUACUUAGGGGGUCUUACGCUUCGAUCAACAAUAGUAACUAGAUUUCGGGUCGGUGCAGAAAAUCCGUCUCGUCAAAUAACAGCUCACUUGAAAUGUGAGUUCUUAUUUUGUUGAUUUUAAACCACCGCUACAAAUGUUGGCCAAAAGUAAACAACUAAACUUUUACUUUAAUUCAUUAAUACAUUAUUUUAGUGUUCAACGCGACUCCCUUACCUCCUGUAGUAAAUAGAAAUCGGCAUUUUAAGAAGCAAAAAUAAAUAAAACAAAACGAUGUUAGUUCUCAGAGCAAUUAAGGGAAAAGUUACUUUAUUUGUUGCAGUUUAAGAUUGAUUUAACAUUAAAAGUUAUUUAACAUAAUAUAUGUCUUUUUAUUGGUAAGAGACAGGAGUAAUUUAUUGCUUUGCUAAUUUUAUGCGACGAAUGAUCGUAAGUAUAAGAUAAUGUUUUGGAGAUUUGUGACUUUAUUAGUAGGUGCCAUAGUUGUAAUAAGUUUGAACUUAAAAGUGUUUCAAAACUUUUUGUCCGUUUGUUAGUAAAUGAAUGUAGCAGCUAUUUAUGUGUAUAUUCACGCGGACAGCUUUUGCUUUAAUUUUGUACGUGUCCCUUUAUAUAGUUACUAUUGUUGAUCGAAGGUCUUACGUGUAGGUGUAGAACAGGAUCGAGCCGGUGCAAGUCCAGCAGAAACGUCAGUGGGAAUCAAAAUGAAACAUAAUGCAAGUUAAAACUAAAUAUGCUUUAUUUCACAUCGUGUCAUCGGUUGGUCGCCCGGACUCGCUCGGUCGCGGCGCUCCAACGUAUAAAAUAUACACAUAACAAUAUCCGUCUGACAAACAGUUCGUUGGUUUAUAACAUCUUAAAAGCGAUUGGCGCGUUACCGAUUUACGGCCCCACAUUUUGUUGUAAGCAUACUGAGACGAAGGCAAGUGUUUGCGAUUAGAAAUAUCGCUCACGUAUCGACUUAUAUUGACGCGUGACGUAAACCAGUUUGACUAUGAGCACUCGUGAGCGCUCGUGAGUUAUAGCGAGUCUAAAAGCAAACACGGCCAGUCUCGAACCCCGGUUUCGCAUAGCAUGUGACAAUGGCGGCCAACAUGGCGCCCGACCGUCGACAACAAACACAGAGCACAUAAUGCAUAGAAGCGCUACGUUGCGUAUUGUAGUUCAGAUUUAUAAAAUAUAUAUACGCAAUAUGAUUUGAAACAUCCGAAGUGGAUAUAUCAGCGGGACGCGCUUAACCAAUUACAAUCAUCGUAAAAUUUGACUUCUAAACAACGACGUUUUAAACUCUUAAUACAUUAUACAUAAAAUAAUUAUUUUUAUUAUCACAAAUUAAACGUAAAUACAUUGUAUGAAUUAAAGAAAAGUCGUUCAGACCUUUUAUUUCGCACACAUUAGUCUAUAGUUGUAUACCGAAUGGCUUAAUGACAACUAAUAAAAAUGUAAUGUAAGAAAAAAAUUAUUAAAAUUCUCAGCAAUUGAAAUAUUAAUAAUAAAUUAACGAGUUUUCUUUGUAAUGAAGUCACUACAUACACACAUCAGUCAUUUUACUCAUUUAUAAUAUUAUUAUCGAAAACGUGUCGCGUGCGUUAAUUAGUCUAUGACACGACAAUCGAAUUUAAAAAAAUGGACGCGCUAUCGAUAUCUCGCUCGCGCACGUUGCCGCGCGCAUACCUCCGUCCUUGUCUCGAGUGUCGCCCGACGUGGAGUGAAACAAAACAACUGUACAAAACUAGUUUAAUAGAAACAAAAAUAAUAAUUAAAAACUUUAUUUUACAAAAAAAAAAAAA